UUUCUUUGACAGUUGCAAUGUGAAGCUUGGAUGGAAAACAAAUAUCGACCACGCCGCCGCUCCGCACAAAAGUGCUGCAAUAUUAAUCCCCUCGAAUCCCCCCCCCCCCUCCAUACAUUUCUCGUUUCCGUAUCGUUCACGAGAGGUUAACGUCGACCAUGUUUUCGUUAUGUCGAAGAACCCUUGCGUACGUUCGCAUUACGUCUCAGCUUCAAUUUGCUGAGCCCCAAGCUGUCUAACAAAACAAGGAGGCACGUUGUGACGAAGAUAAAACGUUUUCUCUACCACGGUUUUGUAGCACGAGUACAAUUUGUCCGCAACAUAUUGAAUUCGUGAUGGAAGUGCCGAGUUUCGCAGAUCUUGGAAAAAACGCGAGGGACGUAUUUAAGACGGGGUAUCACCAUGGCAAGGGCCUUAUCAAGUUCAAUGUCAAGACCAAAUCUAUCAAAAGAUUCCAGAUGAUGAGUGACGCAACGUUGAAUUUCGAAGCGUCAAAGUUGAGCGGGUUAAUGGAGACGAAGUACAAGGCGAAUGCUGGUGCUCUGCUGUUAAAAUGGACGACCGAGGGUGUGCUUUUCCUGGGAUACGAGUUUAACGGGCUGCUAAUGAAGGGCGUUGAUUUGCUCUCCGAGUGCUCUUACAAUCCGGAAACGGCCGCGAAAAGCGUGAAGGUCGGCUCGAGUUUCGCCAACGAGAGGAUCAACGCGCGCUGCGAGAUCUCCAACGAUCUGGCUUCGGGCACCAGCCUGCUCGGCUCGAUGGUGGUGAAAUGCUGGGAUCUGCUCCUGGGCUACCAGGCCGGCUACGACAUGGCCACGAACAAGGUAACGAAGAAUGACAUCGGCGUCGGUUACGGCUACGCCGACAUUGACCUCCACUUCCGGUGCACCUGCAUACCGUAUGUGUACGGGCUCUCUGUGUGGUACAAAGCGAGGCCCGACCUGGACAUCGCGACGAACGGCAUAUUCGCGAAACGAGGCAACGUGCAAAAGUGGACGCUCGGAGCCGCGGCGAAGUACAAGAUCGACGAGAAGUCGGCCCUGCGAUUCAAGUUCAACACCGACCUCCAGUUGGCCACGAGCCUCCUGCAAAAGCUCAGCGACGGCGUCACGUUGGUCCUCUCGUUCAACAUCGACUGCGCGAAGGUCACCAGAGGCGGUCACAGAGUCGGACUGGCGCUCAACGUCGAGGCUUAGAACUCACUUAGACGAAACCACGACGAAUUUGUACUGAUCCUUUUACAUCGUCCGCUGUGCGCCGAUCGUCGCGAGGCGUUUCAACUGAUCAGAUUGGCCAAAGAGUGUGUAUUACUGUAUUUUUCUAUUAUUACAGAAACUGCGAAUUCGCGUGAGAAUUAAUAAAUGACUCUCAACGAAAGACUUCUCUCGAAAAA